AUGACAAUGGAGAUCGCGCUUCCGGUUUCUUUGUGUACUCAGGUGAAGCCGUUCAAGACUGGAUGGAGGAUUCAAGUGAAGAUCUUGCAUCUACGGAAGCAGUACACCACCACUUCCGGAGAGACCAUAGAAAUGAUUCUUUGCGAUGUUGAGGGAAGCAAGAUCCACGGAAGUGUACGGAAGCAGGAUGUAAAGCGUUACGAGAGGUAUCUCGAAGUCGGUGCCUGGAAGCUCAUACAGAAUUUCACGGUGGCGCAUGCAACCGGCCACUACCGCACAACCCCGAACCCUUACAAAUUAGCUUUCAUCAAGGAGACGUUUGUGCUUCCGUCAACGAAUCUUAGCGACGGUAACUACUUGAUGCUGGCCAGUUACAGGCAUAUCCACGAAGGAAAUGUGAAUGAGAGCAUCUUACAUGACAUAAUAGGUCAAGUCAUCAGUGUUGGACCGAUGGAAGAAGUCGAUACGCAGAACAAAAAACAUAAAAAAAUGGAGAUAGAACUUCGGGAUGGAAGUGAUGAUCGAAUUGGAUGUACUUUGUGGGGGCCAAUGGCUGCGGAUAUGCUCAUCGCCGCAGAAGGCCAAAUUGAUUUCUCUACUUCGAUGGGCAAAAGUGAGGGAAUUCCAAGAGGUCAAGAAUGUGUCCAAUGCCUACAGUUCCUCCGUGAUGCUGAUCAAUCCACCGUAUCCAUAAACAAUUACUUUCGCGAAAAGGUUACUACAUUACCCAUCCCAAACGAUGGCCAAUUGUUGACAAUUGCUUUCAGCAAACCUGAUACGCAGUUGGUUAUUAAAAAGGAGCAAGAGGAAUACUGGGAUUUGUUUCCAACAUCGACCCUUUGCGAGGUUCUUGCUUUAGAUACCGUUGCCACUGCCAAAAUCAUAUGUACUGUGUACGCUAUCGACACAUAUAUGGGGUGGUACUACAUUGCGUGUCCUAAAUACCAGCACAACAAGGUGAAGAAAGUCCUUCCUGGUCCUAAUCAGAAGGUAGUCCCCGGUUCCAAGCAGAAGUGGUUUGUCUUAAGUGUAAUGCAAACAUUACCAAUGUUAUACAAGUUGCAUGUCAAGGUGAUGGAUAGCACUCGGGAUACCAAUCUCAUAUUAUUUGAUUCCCUGGCAAAAGUGAUUGUUCAGAAUGACGCAUUAGAGUUACUUGGCGGUGUAAUCGACGAGGAUGUACCAAUUGAUAUUACUUUGACACAGCUCAAAGAUCCUGAGGACUUGCCUGAAGGGUUACAGGCUUUGUGUGCAAUGACAUUUCAGUUUGUAAUAGCCGUCGACAAAGAUAAUCUUGGAGGAGGGCAUAACACUUACAAAUUCAUCAAGGUCCUUUCUACACUUGGUAUGAUUGAUGAAACUGAAGCGCUCACCGAAUCAGCUAGGGAUGUUACUCCAUCUGAACUCAUUUCCGACAGCAAUGAAGUCGUUCUUGAAGAAGGGACGUUGAACGAAGGUACGCCGAUUUCCAAAAAACGUGGCGAGAGCGGGGCAGAUGGGAGUUUGACGGAUUUGGAAAGUUCAAACAAGAAAGCACGUCUGAAAGAAGUGAAGAUUGAGAAGAUUGAGAAGAUGAAGGGAAUGGCGUAG